AUGCCUCUAGUAAUUAUAAUCGAUAGUUUUUCUGGAAGGUGCUCAUUACAGCUUACAAUGCGUCGAGACAAAAAACAGGCACAAGGAUUGAAGAGACAAGCAAACAAAUUGUUAAACGUGAUUUCGUCGCCGGAUGACAGCAGCAGCGAAAGCAGUGCAUUGCAUGUACAGUUGACUGACUACGUUCUCAACGAGGUGCUUCGUAUGGCUCCUGAAUGCGAUCAUGAUCCUUAUGAUGGGUGA